AUGAGUAAACUUUCAGUGUCAAGCGUGCGAACAUCGGUCCGUGGAUUGCUCGAGGCUAGCAAUGGAGAGAAGAAGCGAAAGUUCACCGAAACUGUUGAACUUCAAAUCGGUUUGAAGAACUACGAUCCUCAACGGGACAAGCGUUUCAGUGGAACUAUCAAACUCUCCCAUGUUCCUCGUCCCCGAAUGACCGUAUGUAUCUUGGCUGAUGCCGCCGAUAUUGACAGAGCUAAACAAAUCGAGCUUGAAUAUAUGAGUGUCGAUGAUUUGAAGAAGCUCAACAAGAACAAGAAGUUGGUCAAGAAGCUUGCCAAGAAAUACGACGCCUUUUUAGCCUCUGAUGCCUUGAUCAAGCAGAUCCCCCGUCUGCUCGGUCCUGGUUUGUCCAAGGCAGGAAAAUUUCCUACCCCAGUCUCGUCAGCUGAUGACCUAACCAACAAGGUUACCGACAUCAAGUCGACCAUCAAGUUCCAAUUGAAGAAGGUACUCUGUCUUGGUGUCGCUGUUGGUCACGUUGAAAUGACCGAAGACCAACUCCUCGGUAACACCAUGUUGGCCAUCAACUUCUUGGUAUCCCUCUUGAAGAAAAAUUGGCAAAACGUGAAGUCCCUUCACUUGAAAGCCACCAUGGGAAAACCUGCCCGACUCUUCUAG